GUGACGCAUACAUCGAGGAAGCUUGCUUCUACUGUAAUUUGGUACGCGUUAAGAUGAUAUACAUGCAAUUUAGGAACACGACGAUGACGCAGUGUAUAUAUACUCUAAUCAUCUUAGUACCGAUGUUCGUUUGUAUACAAGGCAUCGGGAAACUUUAAAACCAUUUAAUACCCGCUUGGACGCCGAACGAACAACAUGUAUCGAACAAUUACAGCGACUUUUGUACUAGGUCUCCUGGCUUUGAGUAUAUCACCGAUAUGCCAAGCUUUCGAGAUCAUCGAUUGCGGGUCCAAGGUAGGAAAGUUUACAUCUGUAACUUUAGCAGGUUGUGAUAUGACCAAACCUGUAUGUGACUUGGUGCGGAAUACAAAUGCAUCAAUUCACAUAGAAUUUACACUUGAUAAAGAUGUUAAAGAAGUUUAUGCGGUUGUACGUGGUAUUAUAAUGGAUAUACCUAUGCCUUUUCCAUUAUCAAAUGCAGAUGCUUGCAAACACUCCGAUUCGGGCAUCAUAUGUCCUCUCGCUAAGGAUCAAACGUAUCACUAUAUGAACACAUUACCGGUCCUAAAAUCUUAUCCUGCGUUAUCCGUUACCGUAAGAUGGGAGCUCCGAGACGAAAACAACGAAGACAUAGUUUGUAUUCUGAUUCCAGCAAAAAUUAAAUAGGUAUUGUUAAUUCAAUUUAUUGUAAUAUCAUGUUUAAGAAAAUGUGUAUUAUGGAAAAAUGAUAUGAAAGAAAUACAAAACUUUUACAACUGUAAAA